CUGUGAUCACUUCAGUUAUGAUGAUUCAUGCUGUUUUUCUACUUUUUCUGUGUGGAGUCCUUUCAUCAGGUGCAGCAGCAGUGAUCCAAACACAGCAGACUGUGCUGGCAGCAGUGGGAGAAGAUGCUGAAUUCAGCUGCCAGCUCUUGGAGACUAAAAAUGUCCUUCAGGUCACAUGGCAGAAAAUCUCAGCUGGUGGAGAGACAAAUGUUGCCACAUACAACAAGUACUUUGGUCAGAGAGUGAAUGACGGCUUUAACGAUAAAGUUAAGUUUAAAUACACUGGACUACAGAACUGCUCCAUAGUCAUCAGGAAUGUGACGGAGCAGGAUGAAGGAUGCUAUCGUUGUCUGUUUAACACUUAUCCUGAAGGAGCCUUCACAGGUAGAACCUGCCUCCAAAUUUCGGAGCUGCAUGAACCUGUUGUUGAUGUCAGACAGUCAAACUCUACUGAAGAGUGGGUUGUUUCCUGUUCAGCCACUGGUCGACCUGCUCCCACUGUAACACUCAGUGUCUCACAACAACACCUCAACUUCUCACAGUACAACACUGUCAAUGUGUCCAACACCAACGCUACAUUCACUGUCACCACUACAGCUGUGCUCUCAGGUUCACUUAAACACAGCACACAGGUGGGAUGUGCAGCACGAGUGCUCUCUGCUCCUCAGAGAGAGGUGAUGGUGACGAUUCCUGAGGUCCAACAGACACCUGAUGAUGAUAAUUAUGAGGAUGAUUACACCUGGAUCAUUGUAUCAGCUACAGUAGCAGGACUGAUGGUCUCUGUCUUAGUUGUGGCUGUGGCCAUCGCUGUCCUGCUUAAACAAAAAAAUGAGAAGAGGGACCCGGAGAUGGAGAGGACGUCACAAUAAUCAGCAAAUGACAUUACUGAGUAAUGCAGUUUGAUAAUUAUGCGUAUUCUGUGUAUUUAUUCAUCCAUUCUAUGCAAGAUCUAAGUAUAAAUUUUCCUACCUCAGCUUACAACAUGUUUAGGAACACAAAGCCACAAACAUCUACACACAGACUAUGAUUAGCAGAUGUUUGCUUGCUAGUUGCGUGCCUCUUUCAGUGUUAAUGGUUCCUUAUAUUAUGAUAUUUAUGCAUACAGUACUACUUUUUGGAUCAAAGCUUUGACAAGUUUGUGGGGUAGAGUAAGAUCCAAAAAGAUAAAUUCCAGUGCUGUUAUUUUUGUCCUAUUGUUUUAACCAUGUUCAGCAGUAUCUCACCACUAAGAAUUUUGGUGUCUUUCCUUUUCAGUUAUUUAAAUAAUUACUUGGCUUGACCACAAAAAACAAAAACAAACUAACAAAAAAACGACAAAGUUGAUGAUGACAUAUCACAUUCAUUCUUUCACUCCAGCAGCUUGUGAGCUGUUUCUUCUUACUAUUUAAGUCGAGAGACAUUUGAAGUGCAUUAGAAGAGCCUUCCUCAAAUCAUCAGGUCUGCUGAAUAUGGUUUGUUUUAACUCAUUGUUUAAUUGAGCCUUUUCAUGAACAUGGUUUACAGAUUUUAUCAUUGUGGAUGUGUUUCACGCACACACACACAGAAGUAUUUUCAAGUUUAUGUGCAAUAAUGCUGCUGAUGUUAAUCCGUAAUUUUGGUUUUAAAACGCUAAUAUUGUUUUUGCGUUUUGUAAAAUAUGAAUCAUGUGUUUAUUUGUUUGUUCCUGAUCAUCAAUUCUUUCCUGUUCACACAGUUUAUGUGGUGACUUUAAAAAAUGAGAAAAUCACACUAAU